AUGUCUCUGGAGUGGCUGAUGGGAUGGAGCGGGUCCCUCGACAGACUGCGAGACUUCAUUGGUACGGGAAUCCAGUCGGUCCGGGACUGCAACAUGGCUGCGCUGGGCACCGUGGCCUUCCUCCUUGCCAUGUUCGUGUGGUAUUGCUACCACAUCGGGCGCGAGCAGCCCCGGGCAUACGUCACGGUGAACUCUCUCAUGCAGGGCGUCGAUGGCAACAGCCUGCAGAAUGGCUACGCCCACUGCCAUUCGCCGGAGUGCGUGCGCUGCGCCCACAGUGAUGGCCUGAACCAGAAACUCUACCACAACUUGCAGGAGUACGCCAAGCGUUACUCCUGGUCGGGCAUGGGCCGGAUCCACAAGGGCAUCCGCGAGCAGGGCCGCUACCUGGCCAGCCGCCCCUCCAUCCAGAAGCCGGAGGUCUUCUUCCUGCCAGACCUGCCCACGACGCCCUACUUCUCGCGGGAGGCCCAGAAGCACGAUGUGGAGCUGCUGGAGAGGAACUUUCCCACCAUCCUGUGCGAGUUCGAAUCCCUCUACAGGGCCUUCUCCAACUGCAGCUUGCCCCAGGGCUGGAAGGUCAACAGCACACCCAGCGGGGAGUGGCUGACCUUCUUUUUGGUCAACCAGGGCACCUGUGUGCCCCGGAACUGUCGGAAGUGCCCCCGGACGUACCGCUUGCUGGGCAGCCUGCGCACCUGUGUGGGCAACAACGUCUUUGGCAACGCCUGCAUCUCCGUGCUGACCCCCGGCACGGUCAUCGCCGAACACUACGGCCCCACCAACAUCCGCAUCCGCUGCCACUUGGGUCUGAAGACACCCGGCAACUGCGAACUGGUGGUGGGCGGGGAGCCCCAGUGCUGGGCCGAGGGGCGAUGCCUCCUCUUUGACGACUCCUUCCUGCACACGGCGUUCCACGGAGGUUCCCCCGAAGAAGGCCCCCGCGUCGUCUUCAUGGUGGACCUCUGGCAUCCGAACGUUGCUGCAGCCGAACGACAGGCCCUCGACUUUAUUUUUGCUCCGGGACGAUGAUCCCUGUGCCCU